AUGUCCGACUUCGAGAAAAGGGAGGACUCCGAGAACGCCGACGUAGAAUCUUCUUCCGCCGGCGAGUCGAAGGGACAGACGGCCAUCGAGUAUGAGCGAGCCCAGCUUCUCGCAAAUCUUCCAGACCCCGAUGCCGGAAAGACGGAGGAAGAGCGCAAGGCCAUUGACCGCAAGCUUAUGUGGAAGGUCGAUCUCUGGCUCAUCCCCUGGCUUUCUCUCCUCUAUCUCCUGUCCUUCUUGGACCGCACGAACAUCGGCAAUGCCCGCCUCGAAGGCAUGGAGGACGACCUCGGAAUGGUCCCGGGAGACUAUAACAUGGCCCUGACCAUCUUCUUCAUUGGUUACGCCGUCGCCGAACCUCUCACCAACACCAUCCUCAAGCGCUUCACGCCGCGCAUCUUCUUCACUGGCAUUAUCAUCCUCUGGGGUAUUAUCAUGACUCUCAUGGGCCUGGUCCGGAACAAUGCCGGCUUGCUCGCCGCUCGGUGGUUCCUUGGUAUUGCUGAGGCGGGCCUCUUUCCAGGCGUAAACUACUACCUCUCCUGCUGGUACAAGUCUUCCGAAAUCGGCCGCCGCUCGGCCAUCUUCUUCUCGGCCGCAGCCCUGGCCGGCUCGUUCGGCGGUCUCCUCGCCGCAGCGAUCGCGCAGAUGGACGGUAUCGGCAACAUGCCGGGCUGGUCCUGGAUCUUCAUCAUCGAAGGUCUGGCGACCGUCUUCGUCGGCCUUUUCUGCUGGUGGAUGGUAUUUGACUGGCCCGAGACGGCGCGCUUCCUCUCCCCCGACGAUCGGAUCCGUAUGCAGCGCCGCCUGAUUAUUGACCGCCAGGGCCGUACCGCCGAGGACUUUGAUAAGCGUCACAUCUACGAGGCUCUUCUGGACUGGAAGACGUACGGCUACAUGUUCAUCUAUAUGGGCUGCCUGACGCCCCUGUACGCCUUCUCGCUGUUCUUGCCCACGAUCCUCCGGGCCAUGGGCUAUGCCGGAACCCAGGCCCAGCUGCAUAGCGUUCCGCCCUACGCGGUGGCGGCCACCUGCACCGUCCUCGUGGGCUUCUACGCCGACCGCACCCGGUGGCGCGGCUACUGCAAUAUCGCCACCGUGGUGCUCGCCAUCAUCGGGUUUAUAAUGCUCCUGGCGACGUCCAACCCGCGGGUCCAGUAUGCGGGCACGUUCCUCGGCGCGGCCGGUAUCUACCCCACCAUCUCCAACACGCUGUCGUGGGUCAAUAAUAACACGGAGGGCUCCCUGAAGCGCGCCUUUGUGCUGGGCAUGGUGGUCGGCUGGGGUAACCUGAACGGCGUGGUGUCGUCCAAUAUCUUCCUCGACCGCGAGAACCCGCGUUACUGGACCGGGCAUAGCGUUGUGCUUGCUUACCUGGUGGUGUUCCUGUUUGGCGGGUCUAUCUUUAUGCAUAUCGCCUUGCGCAUCACGAACCGGAACCGGAAGGCUGGGAAGAUGGAUGCGAAAUGGGCUAAGAUGACGGAGGAGCAGCGCUGGAUUGCCGGUGACAGGCGGCCAGACUUUGUUUAUACUCUUUAA